AUGCCCUCCAUUCUGGAAGACCCCUCGACCCGCAACCCCCCACCAAAAGCACACCUAGAUGCAGCGCCGACCCUAACAGCGAGGAAAACUACCCUCCCCAAGUCCUCCGCGCCGAUGACGGUCUACCCCAUCACAGGGGGACCGCAAACCGUUCCAAAGGACCUGAUCAAAUUCCUGCACGAGGAGCUCACCGCGGAAAUCCUCCGCGGCGGGACGUACCCGAUGGAGCAACCGAUGGCGCUGGAUGAGUUCGCCGACUAUUGGUUCGGGACGUUUGCAGCCUUGGCGAUCUUGGACGAUGAGGGGGAGGGCUUAAGGGAGGGGAGGGACUGGGAGAGUGUUUGUAUGGGGACUUUCUAUAUCAAGCCCAACUAUCCUGGUCGCUGCUCCCACAUCUGCAAUGGAGGCUUUCUCACCGCCACUGCCGCUCGCCGAAGGGGCGUCGGACAGGCUAUGGGCGAGGCAUACCUGGAAUUUGCUCCGAGACUGGGGUACAUAUACUCAGUCUUCAACCUGGUCUUCGCAAAUAACCCGGGCUCCAUUCGUAUCUGGGAGAAGCUAGGGUUCUGCGUUAUCGGACGGGUUCCCAAGGCUGCGCGGUUGGCGAACAGCGAAGAAUUGGUGGAUGCAUUGAUUUUCGGGCGUGAGCUGGGAAAUUAA